AUGAAGUCCGUGUCUCCGUCUUUCAUUCUUCUUUCCCGACUGGAUUCCAUUCUCUUUGGCCCUCUCCCCAUUCUCACCUCCCCUCUCUCCCCAUUCUCACCUCCCCUCUCUCCCCAUUCUCACCUCCCCCUCUCCCAUUCUCCCCUCUCUAUAUAUUCCAUAAACCCUUUUUGUGCACCUCCCUCUCCCCAUUCUCACCUCCCUGUUCGUUGUCCCUCCCCAUCUCUCUUAAGAUGUCUCCCAUUUUUAAAACUCCCUCCUCUUUCUCUCUCUCCCAUUCUCACCUCCCUCUCUCUCUCUCUCCAUUCUCCUCUCCCAUUCUCUCUCUCCCCAUUGCUGUCUGUGGCCCUCUCUUUCUCUCCCCAUCCCCAAUGUCUCCAAAAAUUGACCUUUCCCCAUGAUAUUUCUCCAUUCCCCCCCCCUUCCAUUAAUUCCUCAUUUGCUCCCCUCCCCUUUUACUUCCUUCCUAUUACUGAAGAGUGUUUAUCAGCAUUCGACAGACUGUUGCCACUAAAUGACCGAUAUAUUUUGUGUCUCUCUCUCUCUCUCUCCAUCUCCAAAUUUUUAAUUUUUUCAACGUUUUCUUUGCGGUUCUCAAAUUCCUCAGAGAGAAAGAAGAAGAAAAGCUCUUUUCUCUCUCUCUCUCUUUUUUCUUUCUCUCUCAUCUUUUUUUUCUUUUCUCUCUCUCAUCUUUUUUCUUUCUCUCUCUUAUUUUUUUUUCUUUCUCUCUCAUCUUUUUUCUUUCUCUCACUCAUCUUUUUUUUCUUUCUCUCUCUCAUCUUUUUUUCUCUCUCUCAUCUUUUUUCUCUCUCUCAUCUUUUUUUCUCUCUCUCAUCUUUUUUUCUCUCUCUCAUCUUUUUUUCUCUCUCUCAUCUUUUUUUUCUCUCUCUCUCCUCUCUCUCCUCUCCUUUCUCUCUCCUCUCCUCUCUCUCCUCUCUCUCCCCUCUCCUCUCUCUCUCCUCUCUCCUCUCCUCUCUCUCUCCUCUCUCCUCUCCCUCUCUCUCUCUCUCCUUUCUCCUCUCCCUCUCCUUUUCUCCCUCUCCUCUCUCCUCUCCUUUUCUCCUCUCUCUCUCCUUUUCUCCUCUCUCUCUCCUUUUCUCCUCUCUCUCUCCUUUUCUCCUCUCUCUCUCCUUUUCUCCUCUCUCUCUCCUUUUCUCCUCUCUCUCCUCUCAUCUUUUCUCCUCUCUCUCCUCUCAUCUUUUCUCCUCUCUCUCUAUCUUCUCCUUAUUGUACUAA